AUAAUAUUGUGUCUGUGUGCACGAAUUUCAGUUGACUGUGAUAGACGGUGUAGUCUAGUGCUAAUAAUUAUAUAAGUAGUUGGGUUAAUAAAAAAAAAAAAAUAAUAACAAUUAAGAUGCCUCUAAAUUUUGUUAAAUGUUAAAGAGGAAAAUAUAUGCUCGUGCAUGAUGGUUUUUUAUAUCGUUUUGAAAGUAAAAAUGAUAAAAAAACUAUAUGGAAAUGUGUUGAAAAUUUAAAAAAAAAAUGUAAAGCCAGAAUACAUACAGAUGAAAAUUCCAUUUUAAGUGAUGUAACCAAGAUAUCACAUGUUCAUUUUCCCGAUAUUGCCAAAAUCGAAGCGAAAAGAGCAAUGGAAAAUUUAAAGGAGCUUGCUAAGAAAACUGAACUAAGUACUCAAUCUGUUGUAGCAACUGUUGCUUCAGAGUUAAAUACAGCAGUUUCUGGUCAAAUGCCUGGCAUACCGUUAAUGAAAAGGACUAUUCUGCGUGUAAGAGAACGUGAAAAUGCAGCACCAGGUAUACCGCAAUCAUUAUAUGAUCUUGUUAUCCCAGAAGAGUAUAAAAAAACAUCAGAUGGUAAGUCAUUUUUACUAUUUGAUUCUUUCGAUCAUGACCCGGAUAACUGCGAUAGAUUUUUAUUAUUUUCAACGGAAGAAAAUUUGCAAAAAAUGUCCGAAUGUGCAGAUCAUUGGUAUGCAGAUGGCACAUUUUCAUGUGCCCCAUCUAUUUUCAAACAAUUGUAUACUAUCCAUGGAAUACAAUGUUCAAAUGUCUUACCUUCGGUUUAUGCACUCUUACCAAAUAAAAAAAAGAAAACAUAUAUUCGUUUGUUGCAAAGUCUAAAAACAUUAAACUGCAACUUAAAACCAAAAACGGUCAUGUUAGAUUUUGAAAUUGGUGCAAUGACUGCUUUCAAAAAAGAAUUCAGUGAUAUCAAAAUUCGUGGUUGUCAUUUUCACUUUGCUCAAUCUGUCUGGAGACACAUUCAAGAAUGUGGUCUAUCUAAACAAUAUAAAGAAGAUUCUACUUUCGCUUUUGAAAUAAAAAAAUUAAACGCCUUGGCAUAUGUUCCGGUUGAUUAUGUUGUUAGAUAUUUUGAAUAUUUAGUUGAUACUCCUUUUUACCGAGAACUGGAAUCUGAUUUAUCGAGAUUACUUGACUAUUUUGAAGAAACGUGGGUUGGUAAAAUGGACAGGAACGGGAAAAGGAAAAAUCCAAAAUUUUCAAUUACAAUUUGGAAUUGCUAUGCUGAUGAAUAUAACCUUCCAAAAACUAAUAAUUCAGUAGAAGGAUGGCAUAAUGGUUUUUCGUCCAUAUUAAAUGCUAUUCACCCUAACAUUUGGAAAUUUAUAAGAGCCCUACAAAAAGAAGAAAAACUAAAUCGUCUGAAAAUGGUCCAAUAUUGCAUUGGAGCAGAAACACCUAGAAAACGAAAGAAAUAUAAUGACACCGCUGAGAGAAUAAAUACAAUAUGUAAAACAUUUAAUAAUAGAACAUUUGAUGAAUAUAUGUCUGGGAUAGCUCAUAACUUGUAAUAUUAUUUUUUAAAACUUAUAAUUAUUGUCACAUAUAUUAUUUUUACGCAUAUUAUUUUUUAAAACUUAUAAUUAUUGUCAUAUAUAUUAUUU